AUGUCGACUAAAGCUGCUUUGGUCAUUCGCGCGACCGGCUCACAAGGCGUUGGUGUCACUCGCCAUCUAUUGAGGCUGGGAUGGAAAGUCCAUGCAUUCGUCACCAAUCCUGAGGAUCCCCGAGCACUGGCACUGGAGUCUAUUGGCGCCACUCCGUUCAAAGGUACACUUGGAGAUGCCUCCUCGAUCGAAGCAGCCAUUCGAGGAUGCAAUGCCCUUUUCCUCAACCAGAUGCCGUCCUUUGCUGACGACGCCGAAACUCGCGAAGCAUCGUCAAUACUUUCCAUCGCAAAAGCUGCGGGUGUGGAGCAUGUGGUUCAUUCGACAACGCUCCCACUCAAUGACCCCGAGAUCCGCUCGAAGAUAGGCGAUUCGAUUACAGCUCCAGCAGUGUUUGGAAAGGGAGACGUCGAGCAGUUGGUUCAAAACUCAACCAUUCCUUGGACCAUCAUUCGCCCCGGUUACUUCAUGACGAAUCUGAUUGCACCAGUGGUAGCCAUCAUGUUUCCCGAAAUGCGGAUCGGGAAGUUCUUAAACAGCUACGAUUCGAGCACGAUCCUCCCCCUUGUUGAUCCAGAUGACAUUGGUGCAUUUGCAGCCGCGGCAUUUCAAGAUCCCCAGAAGUUUAGAGGACAGAUUGUGAGUGUGGCUGGAGAGAAGCUGUCCAUCAAGGACAUCAUCAAGGAAAUCAGCCGCGCAGCUGGGAAAGACAUCGAGAUAGUAUACCGCACCAAGGAAGAGACAGAAGCAGAGAUCAUGAACCCCCUAAUUGCAGGCCAAACCAUGUCAAAUGACUUAGACAGACUGGUCGACAUUGAAGAGGUGGGCCGUUGGGGAGUGCCGUUGACAUCC